AUGAAGGUCCUCCUCACUGAUGGAUCGAGCUUGACAUCCAGACAAGUGGCAACGAUCCUUGGUCGCAACGGGGAUGAAGUGCACACCCUUUGUGCACCUGGAUUUUCCCUUACGAAGGUCACAGGGUGGGUCAAAAAGACACAUCUUGUGCCGCAGUUCGGACCAGAUCCCUACAAAUGGCUCCGUUCUGCGCUCCAGAUCAUAACCGAAGAAAGGAUCAAGACCGUGAUCUGCACGCAGGAGCAAGUUGCUGUUCUCUCAGCUGAGGUCGACCAGAUACGGAGUCUGGGAGUGAAUAUCGCUGUACCAUCUUUUGAAGCUGUCAGUCGCGUUAUAGACAAGAUCUCGGCCUCCCACACCCUCCAUCAGCUUCACUGCGUCAACCAGAAAGCAUAUCUGUGGGCUCAACUGACGAGUUGA